AUGAGUGCCGCUACGGAGGAGGGAGUGGUCUCCGACCCCGUUGCAGACGAGAAGCGCGACAUCCAGCAGAUGCUCAACCGUCCCUAUAAGUAUGGAUUCCAGACGUUCAUUGAGAGCGACACCUUUCCCAAGGGCCUCGACGAGGACGUGGUGCGGGCGAUCUCGGCCAAGAAAGGGGAGCCAGACUGGAUGCUGGAGUUCCGCCUAAGGGCGUUCCGCAAAUGGCUGACGCUGGAGGAGCCGCGCUGGUCCGACAACCAGCACCCGGUCAUCGACUUUCAGGACCUCAGCUAUUACUCCCAGCCAAAGAUGAAGGAGAAGAAGGCCUCCCUCGACGAGGUCGACCCCGAGCUCCUCAAGACUUUCGACAAGCUGGGCAUCCCCCUCAACGAGCAGAAGCGCCUCGCCAACGUCGCCGUCGACGCCGUGUUUGACAGCGUGUCGAUCGCGACCACGUUUAGGGAGGAGCUGUCCAAGGCGGGCGUCAUUUUCUGCUCCAUGAGCGAGGCUGUGAAGGAGUACCCCGAGCUGGUGAAGAAGUAUCUCGGCAGCGUGGUUCCGGUGGCAGACAACUACUACGCAGCCCUCAACAGCGCCGUGUUCAGCGACGGGUCGUUUGUGUUUGUGCCCAAGGGCGUCCACAGCCCCAUGGAGCUGUCGACCUACUUCCGCAUCAACGCCUCGGAGACCGGGCAG